GGAAGCCAAUAAGCUUGAACAUGAACUGCAUGAGCGCGCGCUGAUUCGGCAGCGACGACGACAGCGCGGCCGGACACCGCCAUCGGUUUACUUUACCCUGUCCACUUGACAGCAUCAACCAUGAAGCAGGCCCAGAAGCUUGUGACGCCCGUGCUGGAGGCAUUCGCCCAGAAUGCCAAGCGUGGCUUCGCCUCGCAGCGUUUCGCGGCCCGCGCUUCUGAGGAGGUUGUUGCCGUGGACAAUGCUGCGCGCAAGGGAUGUGACGGCGUGCUGGAGGUGCCCAGCCGCCUGCUGAUGGGCCCAGGCCCCGCCAACGCCUACCCGCGCAUCCUGACCGCCCAGGCGCUGCCGCUGCUGGGCCACAUGCACCCGCCGUUCCUCAAGAUCAUGGACGAGCUGUCAGAGGGCCUGCGCUACACCUUCCAGACCAAGUCCAAGUACACGCUGAUGGUGAGCGGCACCGGGCACGCCGGCAUGGAGGCCGCCAUCGCCAACCUGGUGGAGCCGGGCGACAAGGUGCUGGUGGGCAACGCCGGCAUCUGGGGAGAGCGCGUGGGCAUCCUGUCGCGCCGCUACAACGCUGACGUGAUUGAGCUGAAGACGCCCGCCGGCACCACCUUCUCGUACGAGACGCUGAAGGCGGCGCUGACGCAGCACAAGCCCAAGGUGCUGUUCCUGUGCCAGGGCGAGAGCAGCACCGGCACCCACCAGUCGCUCGCGGGUCUAGGCGAGGUGUGCCGCCAGACCGGCACCCUGCUGCUGGUGGACACGGUGUGCUCGCUGGGUGGCGUGCCCCUGUUCGCGGAUCAGUGGGGCGUGGACUGCAUCUACAGCGGCAGCCAGAAGUGCCUCAGCGGCCCGCCGGGUGCCUCGCCCUUCUUCAUGUCGGAGCGCGCAAUGGAGGCGCUGCAGAAGCGCAAGAGCCCGCCCGCCACCUACAACCUGGACAUGAACCUCAUCGGCGACUACUGGGGCUGGUUCGGCAAGCGCUCCUACCACCACACCGGCCCCGUGAGCACCUUCUACGCCAUGCGUGAGGCGCUGGCCAUCGUGUCGGAGGAGGGCCUGGAGAAGCUGUGGCAGCGCCACCAGGACAUGCACCACAGGCUGUGGGACGGCCUGCGCAGCAUGGGCCUGAAGCCGUUUGUGGAGAAGGACGAGGACCGCCUCAUCACCGUCAACACCAUCAAGGUGCCCGAGGGCGUUGACUGGGCUGCGGUGGUGAAGCACGCCAUGGACACCUACAGCCUGGAGAUCGCGGGCGGGCUGGGCCCCACCGCCGGCAAGGUGUGGCGUGUGGGCAUCAUGGGCUUCAACGCCAAGCCGCAGAACGUGGAUCUGGUGCUCACCGCCUUCCAGGACGGCCUCAAGCGCCAGGGCAAGCUGUAAAGCCCCCCCUGCUGUACAUGGGGAAGGCGGGCGCGUGGCUAAGAAUGCAAGGAGGGGUUGGCCUGGCCUGAGGAGGGGCGUGGCCUUGGGCGGCAGCUGCUUGGUGGCGUGACGCGUGAGCGAGGAGCUGAGGGGAUUGGCGGAGGAGGCGAAGACGGAAGGGAGGGAAGGAUGAGGGCGGGAUAGCGAGCUUAGCAAGCUGACACAGGCAGUGUUUGUGUGUACGCGUGUGGCAGGUAGGCGAGGUAAAUAUUCUUGUGUUGGCACGGGCGUGCGGCGGCGGCCUUGAUAAACAGGGGCGGCAAGAGUUUCAAGCAUGUCUGCGUGGAUCGGGAAAUCUUCGGGAACCGUGAGCCCUGGCCCAAUUUUGUGAGCAGGGCCCCGAGGGGCGGUGCGGGUGUCGGGCUGUAAGCGCGCGUGCGCUGCUGCUGCGUUGAGUCCGCGCAUGGUCUCAAGGUACUGUACGGCGCACCUGGCUCGACCUGGCUUAUUGAAGACACGGCGUUCAAUAUUUCCAACGGCAGCCGCAGCAUAUCGCCGGCUGUAGCAGGAACGCCGUAAAAGGACUUGAUGACGAGCUGGGGCUACCCUUAGAGUAGGGACUUACGCGCCGUCAGGCCUUCCUCCCACACUCUCCCCCACCGGGCCUGGACGUCCCGGCCAGGGGUAGUGUAGCCACCAGGCUCUACACGCAGUUUUUCGCAGAAGCAUUCGGAGUAAUCAUCAGAAGACUGCGGGAGGAGCGUGCCUCUCAUCGCGUCAGGUGGACUGCGGGAGGAUCUUGCCUCUCAACGCGUCGCUAUCAAAUCAA